AUGCCAGGCCGGGCCGCCGAUCGGGGUCAGGUCCCCUUCUGCAACGCCGCGGAGGAAAGCCGCGCGGGGGUCGAGGACUCGGAGGGCGGCGGCGGUCCGGAGAGGCCGGGCGCACGCGAGCCGCGGCAGACCAUCGUCUGGCGGAACGUCGUCCUGAUGAGCCUGCUCCACUUGGCCGCGGUGUACUCCCUGGUGCUCAUCCCCAAAGCCAAGCCGCUCACCCUGCUCUGGGCCUACUUCUGCUUCCUCCUGACUGCUCUGGGUGUGACAGCCGGUGCCCAUCGCUUGUGGAGCCACAGGUCCUACAAGGCCAAGCUGCCUCUGAGAAUAUUUCUGGCUGCCGCCAACUCCAUGGCUUUCCAGAACGACAUCUUCGAGUGGUCCAGGGACCAUCGAGUCCACCACAAGUACUCGGAGACUGACGCUGACCCCCACAACGCCCGCCGGGGCUUCUUCUUCUCCCACAUCGGGUGGCUGUUUGUUCGGAAGCAUCGAGAUGUCAUCGAGAAGGGGAGAAACCUGGAUGUCACCGACCUGCUGGCUGAUCCUGUGGUCCGGUUCCAGAGAAAGUACUAUAAGAUCUCCGUGGUGCUCAUGUGCUUUGUGGUCCCCACACUGGUGCCCUGGUACAUCUGGGGAGAGAGCCUGUGGAAUUCCUACUUCCUGGCCUCCAUCCUCCGCUAUGCCAUCUCACUCAACGUCACCUGGCUGGUCAACAGUGCCGCCCACAUGUAUGGAAACCGGCCCUACGACAAGCACAUCAGCCCGCGGCAGAACCCGCUGGUCACACUGGGCGCCAUUGGUGAAGGCUUCCACAAUUACCAUCACACCUUUCCCUUUGACUACUCUGCGAGUGAAUUUGGCUUAAAUUUCAACCCAACCACCUGGUUCAUUGACAUCAUGUGCUGGCUGGGGCUGGCCACCGACCGCAAACGGGCAACCAAGCCAAUGAUCGAGGCCCGGAAAGCCAGGACUGGCGAUGGCAGCGCUUGAACCCGGAGCUGCCGUCCAACCUGCCCGCCGUUG